CGGUCCAUCCCUAAUCUGAUUGGAAAAGCAAAACACAGGAGCAGUUCACAACAAUAACAGACAAUUAAAUGGUCAGGAAAACAACAUGUCGUCCACCAGUGGCAGAGACAAGCAGGGUGGCAAGCUAGCAAGCCUCCGGCUUCUGGGCGACGAGGAGCGGGACAAGCUGAUCGGCACGCCGCGGCUGCCAAGUGCAGCCCUUCCCGGGAGCAGGCAGCCUGCUCAGGAUCGCCUCAAGCGGCUGCAGACCAGCCUGAAGCGGGUGCAGGACAAGAAGCCAGCCAAGGAGAAGGAGAGGGAGGCCAAGCGGACCACGCGCAGCUCCUCCACAGCGGGCCACACGCAGUCAAGGGUCCCUGCUCCAGCGCCCAGCCGACGAGCCAGUGCCUCCGUGGCCCCAGUGGUCACGGCCACGCCGCCCAAGCCCUUGGCGGAGCGCUUAAGGGUGCCCGGGGCCCAGGGGCUGUCACCCCAGAAUGCCUGGGAGAAGCCCAAGGCCCUGCUGGAUGCCAGCAAUCGCCUGAAGGAGGCCACAGCCCCAAGUGCCAACCAGCGACUGGCCAUGUUGAGAGCCUCCCUGCAGCAGAAGCAGCUGGCCCAGGAGCGCAACAACAACGAUGUCAGCAGGCCCGACGAAAAGGGCUUGAGGAAACCAGCAGGGGACAGCGAUUCCGCCAAGCAAAGCGCAUUUAAUGACUCCGCGGACGGCGAACUGGAGCCCGAGCCCAUGGAGUGGGAGGAGUCCAUUGCGGCCGCUCCUCCAAGGCAGCAGGAGGACGACAUCCUGCUGAUGCGACAGGCCAGCGAGGGCGAGGAGCUGCCCAGCCGUCUGGUGGAUCACAUGUACUUCGUGCUGGACACCAACGUGCUGAUGCACAACAUAAAGUUCGUGGAGAGUCUCACCGAGCUGGUGCUACCGGGCACCGUGGGGAGCAUGCUGUACAUUCCCUACAUAGUCAUCAAGGAGCUGGACAAGCUGAAGGGCCAGCGCCCGUCGGAGGAUCCCAAGCGGCUGAUUGCCGUGCGGGCCAUACGCUACUUGAACACCAAGUUCGACGAGAGCUUGGAAAUACAAGCCCAAUCCGCCGUGGAGGAGGCGGAGCACCUCAUCGAAGUGGACUGCCCGGACGACAGCAUCGUCAACUGCUGCCUGCAGCUGAGCGAGCAGGUGCCGCACAUGAUGCUCCUCACCAACGAUGCCAACCUCCGGCUGAAGGCCAACGCCUCGGACAUCCGGGUCUCCUGUCGCUCCGACCUGAUGGCCGCCCAUCCGGCUGAGUUUGCCGCCCUGGGCGACUAGCUGGGAUCCCCCAGGGACUCCCUACUUUAGUACACAAAAGACUACGCCUGCGAUUGUGAUACGGGAUCCGGACGGAUCCACCAGUCAAGCCACUGCACCGCAGCACACAUGAAGUACAAGCGAACACUCAUCACAUUUACAUUUACGAGGUCCACCGGCGGUGUUCACUGAAGACUAGAGUUUCGCAUAUAAGAUAUUACUGCCUUUUGCUACCUGAAAUAAAGUUUGUUUUUCGAA